UAUGAUCACGUGGGCUCCGCAACCAAUGGUUGAGGGUUGCAGUCUGCAAAAUACUACGAUUGUUCUCCGGGAGGGUAUCAUAUACAGUUAACAGUGUAACCUUUUAUAUGACUAAGAGGGGAGCCUAAAAUGUCGUCUAGUGGCACCAUAAGUAACUAUUAUGUCGAUUCUCUCAUAGGCCAUGAAAGCGAAGAAGUUUACGGGAGUAGAUUCGUCCAGGGAGGUCACAGUGCGACCUCCAGGCCAUCAGGUGUUGCAGAGAGUUCAGAUUUUUCCUCCUGUAGCUUUGCACCAAAAUCCACCGUGUUCUCCACCUCCUGGUCCACGGUUCACCCUCAGCCGUCUGCGGCAAUGACCGGGAUCUACCACCCCUACAUGCACCAGCCCCACUUAGGGGCAGCCGACGCCGGCCGCUACGUGCGCUCCUGGAUUGAGCCCUUCCCGGGCUUCCCGGGCGGCGGCGGCGGCGGCGGUGGCGGCGGCAGCGGCGGCGGCUCCGCGUCCAGCUCCGGCUCCUCCAACGGGCGCCACUACGGGAUAAAGCCGGAGACGGGAGCAGCCGCCUCCUCGUCUUCCUCCUCCUCCUCCUCCUCCUCCAAAAGGACUGAGUGCUCCUCGUCCCGGGAGUCCCAGGGGAUCGGUGUGCCCGAGUACACGUGCAGCUCCUUCCUCCAGGAGCCCCGGGAGAAGGCGGCUGCCGGCAGCUCCAAGGACCCCGCCGCCUGCAGCCACAACCCCAGCCCGAGCAGCGAUCUGAAGGAGGAGAAACAGCAGCAACUUGACCCAAAUAACCCUGCAGCAAACUGGAUCCACGCUCGUUCAACGAGGAAAAAGCGUUGUCCCUACACAAAGUAUCAAACUCUGGAACUGGAAAAGGAAUUUCUCUUUAACAUGUACCUCACCCGAGACCGCCGUUACGAAGUAGCUAGGAUUUUAAAUCUCACAGAGAGACAGGUCAAAAUCUGGUUUCAGAACAGAAGAAUGAAAAUGAAAAAGAUGAACAAGGAGAAAGGCAAUAAAGGAGACUAACGCUGGGGUAGAAACGCAGUUGGGGAAUAUUGCUUUAGUUUUGAGUUUGGGGCUUCUGGGUUUUGUUUUGGGUUUGGGAUUUUGGUUGUUGGGGUUUGGGGUUUUUUUUUGGUUGGUAUGGUUUUAUUCUUCCCCUGCCCCCUCAGCCCCCCAUAGGUUUCUCCUCCUCCUCCCGCGCCACCCCACCCCAGGAACUUUAAAUCAAUC